CCGGGACGGGAUGUUACGGCAUACUCCGUCCUCAGUCUCCGUAAUCCAUAUCCGUACCGGAAAUACUUUAACAUCAGAAUCACCAUCAACCAUCACCAUGAACAUGAGCGGCUAACCCCACAAAAACUCGGCGCACAUGCCCUUUUUAAACCCCCGUUUUCGCCGCCUUCCAAGGCCGACGGCGCUUCGAAUUAACCCCAAGUCAACUAUUUCCUCACCAAGACCAUCUUCAACACCAUUAUCUUCUUCUUCCUUGCCAUCACCGGCACCUUCAUCAUCAUCAACCAACGCAACCUCAAACCCCAACCCUCAUUCCCAUGGCGGCAGCAGCAAGGGCAAGCCCGGCGGCCAGCCCUCCUGGCUCGGUCAUCCCUUUCGCGUCAUCCUAGCCACCCUCAAAUUCGUCGCCUUUGCGCACCUCCUCUGGGAGUACGUCAUCUCGAUGGCUCCCGCUUCGGGGCCCUCGAUGCUGCCGACGUUCGAGGUACUCGGCGAGUGGCUGCUGGUAUCCAAGCUGCACCGGUUUGGCCGGGGCGUAGCGGUCGGCGACGUCGUGGCGUACAACAUCCCCAUCAACGACGAGGUCGGCGUGAAGCGGGUGCUGGGCCUCCCGGGUGACUACGUGUUGAUGGAUACGCCUGACGGCGGGGGAGUUGCUGGCGGUGGGGGAGGGGGCCCAAGUAUGAUUCAGGUUCCAAAGGGUCAUUGCUGGAUUGUCGGGGAUAAUCUGGUGGCUUCACGCGAUUCGAGGUAUUUUGGUCCCGUGCCGCUGGCACUGAUCCGAGGGAAGGUCAUCGCCACGGUGAGGCCCUUCUCAGAGUUUAAGUGGAUCACCAAUCCCUUGAGGAAGGCAAGCAGCCCAUCCGACGAUUGAAGUUGUGGCAAUUCGGCGUCACCAAACCAACCUUACUGCUUGCAGCA